AUGUCGGAUUCAAACCACCAAGCGGACUACACGAAGAGCCAAAGCGCAACUCUCCCCUCCAACGUCCCAUCAUGCAAAUCCCUGGCGUCCAGUGAGGAUGGCCCCAGCCUCUCAGAUGGAGAGCUCUCUUGGAACUUACACGACAGCAUCAAGCACCGCAUCCUCUACCUGUCAGAGCAGCUGAGGAUGGAGAAGUCCAGUCGGGAUGAGAACAUUGUGGGCUACCUCAAGCUGGUGUCCAAAGCCGACCGGCACCAGGCCCCGCAAAUCCGGCAGGCCUUUGAGAGAGUGAACCAGCGCACCUCCGCCACCAUCGCCCAGAUAGAGAAGCGGCUCCGCCAGUGUCACCAGCAGCUCCAGGAGCUGGAGGAAGGCAGCCGGCCAAAGGAUUGUGCGCCGAGGUCGGGUGGCAGCCUGGACGACUGCAAGCUGCCCAGAGAGAAGGACCCGCUUCCGAAACCCCCCAAGCCGGGUGAGGAAGACAGCCGGUCUGCCAGUCUGCCCAAUGCUGUCAGAUACGUCACCCCGGAGAGCUUCCCUGGUGUGCUGCAGGGAAGGAAGUCAGAGGCGAAGCGGGUGGUCCAGCAACACAACCUGCUGUUGCAGAAGAUGAAGAAGGAGCUGAAAGAAGUCAAAGGGUUCCACCUCAGCCUUCGGGUCUCCUACCAGAGCCUAAAAGAGAAGUAUCUGAGUGACCUACAGCUGUGGCUGGAGUCCCUUGAGGAGGAGAAAUGCAGACAAAAGUUGAUAGAAGAACAGGUGAGUGACCACCUGCAGGGACACCUGGAUGAGAUUUACCACCUCAAACAGAAUCUGGCCUGCACCGAGGAGAAGAUGGCCUACCUGUCCUAUGAGAGAGCCAAGGAGAUAUGGGAGGUCAUGGAGACCUUCAAGAGCCGGAUAGGCAAGCUGGAGACUCUACAGCAAGUGUCCCAACUGGAGAUGAUGCAGGAACUCAGACACCGCCCUCAGGAGUUCCUGUUCAAGUUCAUGAGCCUGCUUCUCACACUGACCACCAUCCUCUUGGUCCUCGUGUCCACUGUGUGCUCCUGCCCCUUGCCCCUCAUCAAGACAUGCCUGCGCAUAUGCACCACCAUCCUGCUGAUCGGGCUUGGGGCGCUGGCCUGGCAGAGGUGGCAGACCGUCCCUGCCGAGGACUGGCAGGCAUGGGUUACUGCCAAAUGGAGAGCCUACUCCAAGGUCUUCAGGCCUCUAUCUGAUGGAACUUAAAGGGCCAGGUGGGGCCGCAGGCAUCUUUUGGGGUUUCGAGGGUCUCCAGUGGGCCCUCCUAAGACAGCCACUCUUUGUCUCCCUCUUUCUGAUUCCAUUACCACUGGCCCAAUGUGAUGUACACACAUGCCCACCUACCUUGCACUUUCAUCUCUCCAUGAUCCUGCAGAACCAUCUGUAGAAUUGA